AUCCCUCACCAUUCCAUUUUUCCAUUUUCAUCAUUCUUCUUUGCUAGCUCUCGGUUCUAUUUCUUUCUUGUGGUUUCAGUUGUGAAACGUUUUCACAAUCACGGGUAGAUAGGAGAUUUCCUUGUGAGUGAAAUAGUGGGAUUGUUUGGGAAACACUGUGUGUUCUAUUUCUUGUAUCGAGAAAAUCUCUGUAACCUACCAUUGUUAUAGUAAAGAAAUACUCCGGAGCUGCUGUUCCCGUGGGCUGGCCCAAAAUCAGGGUAUACCACGUAAAUCCUCGGUGUUAUUUAUUAUUAUCUAUGCUUGUUGUUAUUUUGAGAAUAGUCGUAGUAUAUUGCAUUAUUAAAUUACCGAAGUAAAUUGAUCUAAGUAAGUUGGUUACCGUAAUUCUGGAGGAUCUGCCACCAUGUCCAACUUACCUGUGAACUUUUCACAAGCGUGUAAUUUCUUAGUGCAAUAUAUUUACCCGCUAUUCUCACCCGCUGCGCCCAACCGUUUGAACAGGCUCAAAUUAUAUAUGCUGGGAAUAUAAUGGUCUAACCUCCUCUAGUGGUAUGUCCUUAAUCUUUAUAGAUCAAUCGUAUUGGCUAAUUUAUUUAUAUACGUGCUUAAUUAACAGAUUUCUCUUUGCAGGUAGGUUCCUGUAAUCCCGGCAACAACAUCACAGAAGCCUUAGCAAUCAGCACCAUCCCCUCAUAUAUCAAACAUUUGGACUUGGCAUCAAGGACAAAUGGGACAACGUACAACCUGCAUCAAACACGCAGCAUCAGAUCAGAACACAACACCAAAAUCAGCCUGCAGUAGUGCCCAUGGCUUCUUCCUCUUUUAAUUUGCUCCACCUGUAAUUGUAAAUCUUUCAUCCAAACCAUGCCUUAAUUUGCACACCUUACAGAACCCGUAGCAGCCAAAGGGACAUCUUAAUACUCAAGUGCCUAACAUACCUCCACAUGCACCCCAACUUCAUCAACCCCAGCUGGCUACUAGCCAGCUUCAACAGCCAUUGUAGACAAGUGGCGGAAUCCCUCACAUGUCACUGCAACCACCAAUGCCACCUCAACCUAGCAAGACCGUCACCACAUUCUAUAUAUGUCGAGUUUCAAUCAUCAAUAUCAACAACAGAGGGGAUCCGGUAUGGGCUUCCAACAUGGUGGUAGUCAUCAGCAUCCUUCACAACCCAUGUUUCAUCAGUGUCUCAUGGACAGUAACAACCUAUUCCAAGCCACCGGCCACCUCAAUCCCAAUAUCAGGGCGGAGGAGGUUCACACUUGAACCGGAGAGUUCAACAAUCAGGGUGGAAGCUCAAUGCAAGUUGAUCGAGGAUCUGGGUGGAUGUCUGGCCUUCUAGAUAGCUCAGCUGCAACACCAGUUUUGGGCAAUCAAGCAGCUCGAGCCAAAACUCCCCUGCCUCUUUCCCUUCCUUUUAUGUUGUUGUAUUCCAAGUGUACGUUGAUGGUCUUCUAAGCCUCCUUUUGUGCAUGUUUCUUUUCGAGUGAUACAGUUUGGCCCUGAUAUGGAGAAGGCACUACUUCAACAGGUAAUAAGCCUGACACCGGAAUAGAUCAAUCUGUUGCCGCCUGAGCAAAGGAGUCAGUUGCUUCAGCUGCAACAGCAAUGACUGCAACAUCAGAAAGUCUUGAGGCUCCUGGUUUAUUCCUGCGUAUUUCGUCUACACAUGUGAUUGGGCUGAAUGCAAUUCUUUUUUCCUUCUUUUCCCUAAAGGGAACAAGAAGAUUCGAGAGGAGGAUCAAUAUAAUCCGUUGCCUGUUACUGCUCCAUUGCCAUUAUUUUUGUGGUCGGUUUUCUGUUCCUAUCGGUCCAAGAUAGGGUCAGUAACCACUGGUUACUGACCCAUCAGUAACCACACGGGAGCCGUAGGAUUGGGAAUGGAGAAAUCGUGUGGCUGGGCUGGAUGUGGAGUGGGGAGGGGCAUUUUUGUCCGUUUUUGUAUUUUCAAUUUUUUUUUAUUCAUUCCGCAUUUCAAUGGCUGACUUUCCAAUGAAAGAGAGACAAUGCA